GCUCAGUUCCUGCCUAUUACAGAGAAGUGUACGAAGCCGUCUGCUGCAGGAAUGAUGAAAAGGUUCAGGUAGAGGUUUUUCACAGGUUGCUCGAAAAGACCAAUCUCCCAAAGGCAGUUCAAGCCCAGAAUGUAGUCUGGCAGUGACGUCACAAUCAAGAUGGCGUCAGUUCAGAAAACUCGCUGGGGCCGCGUGUCGAAAUUAAGUCAAAAUCACCACUUCAUAUUACUCCUAUGUGUAUCUAUGACAGCACAAUGACAAAAAUGUUGUAUUAAUAAAGGGGACCUAUUAUUCCUCUUUUCUGACCUAUAAAUGUUGUUAGUGUGAAACGAUGCCAGGCCGUUCAGGCCGCAUUUGGAAGUGAGACCUGAAAGCAGUUUUGGACAACUCAUUUUUCAUUUUUUAACACUGAGUUCCAUUGACCUGAAUGCAACCCGGACUGCCUUAUAUGGGCAUACCCAGGUAAACGCUGUAGGUCUGCCCUCCCUCGCUCUGCUUCGCUCUGCUCUGUGUACCGUGUUAGCACGUAUGGCUCCCAGGAAGUGUUUGUCCGAGUGUGCCUGAAGAGGCAAGCGUCAGGCAGAAGUGGUUGGAGUUGCUGAUUCCCGGCCAGCAAGAGAUAUGCUCAUCUGUCAACGGCAUUUCACACGGGACUGUUUUGUGAACAUGGGCCUAUACGAAGCUGGACUAUCCGCCAAACUGUGCCUUUCCAACGUUAUUUGGUCGUGUUGAAGAGUCAGGAGAGCAAGCUGUAAGUAGCAAUUUAUCAGUGUCAUAACUGUUUAUUUUGCGUAAGUAAUCGGACAAAAGGGUUUCAGCUAGUGGCGGUACUAGCUUGAAUGACCGUUAUAGGUGGCCGUUAUGGACAGGUUGGCGGCCAUUUUGAAUUUGUGCGCGCACAUAUUAACAUGUCUGUGAUUAGUUGUUUGUUGUGUUUGCAGAUACAUAUAAUUAUACUGUUACAUGUUGACCAGUAGAGGGCACUGUGGGACUGCGGUUAAAAGUUGUAAAGAACAACGAGGCUUGUUAUUCUACACCACCCACAGAACAAAGCUGUGCUACUAUAUAUACGGCAGAGUGUCAUUACAGCUUUAGUUCAUCAGGAAGUGACGGGAAGUUGCAGUGCGACGUCACGAGCAGGGGAGCUAGGCUCAGUGCUAGCUGUGAGUGUCGAGAGAGUUGGGAAGUGUGUGGAUCUUGGCGUGGAUGUAAAGUCCUGCAGUGUUCUUCGCUGUUAAUAAAGCGAUUAAAGUGCAUCGGCGACGUGAGUCCCCACAACAGGCAGCAUUACAGUAUUGACCAGUGCACAUUGUCUCACACCAGGAAAUAAACGGUGUCACUGUCUGCAACAAGCUCCAAAGAAGACGGCUUUUUUUUAUGUGGAACAACUGACAGUUUGUGUGGAUCUUGUGAAUGAUUGUGACUGAGCUACGACUCAGUAAUUAAAGUCUACACGCGACGGCUUCAUUGAUUAAAAAACAAAACUUUUUCGUGCAUGAAGCUUCUGCUUGAGUCGGUAUUUUGGCCGCUAUAUGUGGUCAGAUAUUGACCAAGGGAUACAAAAUGGGUGGCAGCUGGCCGCAUUAGACAGGUGACCGCAAUACACAGGGUCUAUAACAUGAAAAUUUUCUGCGGGGGAUCUUUCAGUGGCCGUUAUAUACAGGUGGCCGCUAAGACAGGUUUGACUGUAUCGCCAAUUAAAUAUGUUUUAUUUUUUAACAAAUACUGUAGUAAUUUACAUUUUUUUACCUUGUACUGUAAUUAACCGGAGGACUGAGGCCCAGCGGUACCCGCCCCCUCGCUACUCCUUUGGUUUGAUCCACAUCACGUGGUGGAUGAGCAGCAGUUCGUACGAGUUGCGAGUUGCUACUAGCCUUGUAGAGGGCGCCCAUGUGCCACACAUAUGCGCUGACUUAAUGAGGAUAUGAUAAGGGCUGAACAUUAGUAAAUAGGAUUUUUUGUUCUUUCGCCCCUCGCGGCGCCCCCUGGAGAAUGUCGCCAUUUGGCCCCUAGCUAGAACCGCCACUGGGUUCGGCAUCUGUCCGGAAGUCCUCGGGAGCUUUUGGUAGUGUGACCAAUCACAGCGGAGUGGGCUCGUCGGGAGGCUUACCUGGAGGAGGGCAGGGGGUGGAGUAAAUUACACCGACCAUUUGCGCGGGAGACAGGAAACACUGCAGGAAGAGGUGCAGAGUCUGGAAGAUCUAGAAAGCUUUCUGUGCGGGUUAUCGUGUGUAGCUGCUCUAUAGGAGUCCAGAACUCAAUACAAAAGGCCCGAAAAUUAGUAUUCUAGGUCCCGUUUAAGUGAGUACUUUCAUCUUGUUACUUUUUUUGGUGUCAUGAGCACUUUAAGUAAAAGUGGGUCGCCUCACUGAAAAUAAGCUGUCAAAUGACAGCGCUAAUGAUGAUUGUCAUGACAUCACCGAUGUUGUUUAUACACAUUUUUUAUAACUUUCAUAUGGCAAUGAUUGUAGCCCUGAUCUGAUGACAUGUUUGGUAACUGCUUGACAUGCAUGAUACAUAUGUAACACGGUUGAGGAAUUGUACAUUUAGUAGAAAAUAGAAGAUACCCACAGAAAUGCGCCCCCUUGCUAAGGUACGCUGCCGUUGUUGGUUGUAGAUGGAAAUACUGUCCUGAUUGUUGUUUAAGCGUUGAACAAUGUUUAGACUGAUUGGAUUUUAGGUUGAAAAUCUACUGGAGUUGAGUAGAUAUAAUCAAGUUUUGUUUUUGAGGUGUAUUUUUCCAGUUCACCUUUUUAGUAAUGGUAGUAUCAGUAUUACAGAUGCAGGUCACAAUUCAGAGGAAUUUCAUGCUUUGUGUCCAGUGUGCACUUCCUAGGACAAAGGAAUGUCAGCCACAGUUGUAUUUAGAUUUUGUACUGAGGGGACGGUGACAUGCUGUCUUGUCUCUCUGUCCUCCUUCAGAUAGUCGAGCAUGUGGACUCCACCAGUGGAUUCCUGAGCAAGCUGUCCCUCUAUAAAAUGCUCGCUUUAAUUGCCAUCGCUCAGCAGGGAAAGAAGCUCAGUCCCAAAGUCCUGGAAAACUACAUACAAGAGCUACCGAAGCCUCAGCUGGGUGAGCCGAAAGAGUUGUGCGCUCUUAGGAUGCAGCCCGUCAAGGAGGAUGUGUUGACGCUGACGCAGACGCUGGACCAGCUGAUGGGCAGAGACUGCAUCCAGGUGGAGCUCAUACCGGAGAAGAAGGGCCUGUUCCUCAAACAUGUGGAGUACCAGGUGAACAGCAAGCGUUACAAAACAUCAGUUUAUCGACGCUACAGCGAUUUUGACGUCUUCCACGAGGUUUUGCUGCAGCGUUUCCCCUACAGAGUGGUGCCAGCGCUUCCUCCUAAAAGAAUGUUAAAAGGAGUCCUGACCUCCGUUUCCGAGCGCGAGUUCAUUGAGGGGAGGCGACGUGCGCUGUGCAGAUUCAUCAACCUGGUGGCGAAGCACCCCUUCUUCUCAGAGGAUGAGCUGGUCACGACCUUCCUCACCUUUGGCGGCUCUGAUGUCCAGUUUAGGCUGCGUGACAAUUACAAGAAAACGGGCGAUGAGUUCAUGACCAACAGGAUUGCGACUCAGGCAAAGGACUACCUCCCCACCGACAUCCAGACUCAGUUCUCCCAGAGCAGAGAGCUGAUCAAGAAUAUCUACAACAGCUUCUACAAGCUGCGGGAGCGAGCCGAGAAGAUGGCUGAGCGCUCCAAGGGGAACGCCAGUGACCUCCUUCUGUUUGGCAGGGAGCUCAGCUUGCUGGGCUCAGCAACGUCGUUUCUUCCACCGUUGGCCUCGUCACAGAGUACUUGGGGCCGACUGUGUCAGCCUCUAAAAAGUCUGUCAGCAGAGUUUGCAGUGCUCUCGCAUCACGCCGGGCAGCAGGCCAGACGGGAGCAGGACGAUGUUGUGGAAAGACUGAAUCUUUUCCUGGAUUUGCUCCAGUCGUACAGAGAUCUGUGCGAGCGCCAUGAGAAGGGCGUGCCCCAUGAGCAUCAGCGAGCGCUGCACAAGUACAGCGUGAUGAAGAAGCAGAUGCUGAGCACCACCGUGCAGCCCAGGGAACAGGCGUCGGUGGGGCAGCUUGAAUCGCGAAUUAUUCAGCAAGAGAACGCCAUUCAGACCAUGACGUUGCGUAACUACUUCUCACUGUUCUGCCUCCACCAAGAAACGCAGCUCAUUUUCACCUACCUGCCAAUCACCUCCCACAUCCUGGGAGCUUUUGUUAACUCCCAGGUGCAAGGACACAGAGAGAUGGGUGCAGUGUGGAACGAACUCCAGCCCAGGCUUGGCUGUCUCUUUGGCGAGCCCAACGAGAACGGAUUGAAACCCACCCUCAAGUAAAGAAGACGCGCAGGAAGGAAACGCGGCUGCUAAUGAACAUCACAAACUGGAAAAAAAACCUUCACGCUACCCUUCAGUGUUGGGUCUGACCACAUUUUGGCUGUUAAAUGAAAUCAACUUUUAUUGCCAACCAAGAGGGACAUUUGCUGUUUACUAUUUUUUUUUUUCACAAGGGACCAGUUAGCACAGCGGAAAUUCAAGCUUUUUGUUUAUGUUCAUAAGUUAUUGUGUAACAAGUGAGGAAAAAAAAAUCUUAAGACAAAAUGUUUAACUUUAUUAGGAAUGCUUUUGAUCACUCCAGUGUUUUGACUUGAGAAGGAUUUUUUGAUACAGUAUACAAAUCUGAUCAUAUUUGUUUAUAUACUAUUUCUUGGACCGUAGACAUCGGUAUCCUGCUGAGGUUAUACUGUUUCUAAUGACUCCCAGGUGUGUUUCAUAAGCUAAUUCCAAGUGCCUCAGCUCAGACUUGCAUAACAGAGUUACUGAAUGAACGGCACUUCUACGAGAACGCUAGCAUCGAUACUGUCACUGUAUGUGCAAUAAGUUGUAUGAACCCGAUAAACACUAUUCUUGAUGUUGAGAAGAGAGAAGAGAAGAUAAAAGAACAACUUUGGUCACAAUUGCACAGCUUCCAUCCUCCACAAAUAUAUGCAAAUGAAUAAGCUUGAGUGAUACUUGCUGAAAAAUAAAUGCACAA